ACGCGACAACUGUUGGUCCAAACGCUGAGUUCUUGUGGUUACGGAUACCGGGAAUUGUUAUUAUCUCCCAAUCAGUUAAAUGUAUCCAAUUCUCGGUUACGAUAUUAUUUGAUCGCAAAACUUGACAAAACUUUUCACUUCAGUCCAAAUAACGGAGAAUUUGUUACAACACUUCCGGAAUUUAAUGCCAAGAAUUUGUGUCCAUUUUGUGCGAAAUCCUUAUUCAAAACAAACGAUUUAAGUUUGAGAUCAAUUCAACAAUAUUUAGUGCCUUUGAGUGAUAAACAGAUUCAAAACUAUCUCUUGUCCGAUAAGAUUCUCGUCAAAUAUUUUAUGAUUUUAGAUAUCGUUAAAAGCGAUUCAUUGAACACUAAUUGUUUCACUAAAAGCUAUUCGCAUCGCAUCGAAGGCACCGGUUCUGUACUCCAGACCACCGAUCAUGACAUACAAGUGAUUUGCCAACAGCUCAGCGAAUGCCAAACCGAUGAGCAAAAGAUUUGUCUUUUGCGAACUCUUAGACUCCGUUUCUUCACUCCCAAAGAGAUCGCAAAUUUAAUGUCAUUUCCGCCACAUUUCGAUUUUCCCGAAGACUAUACGAUUAAACAGAAGUACCGAUUACUUGGAAACUCAGUUAACGUCAAAUCGGCGAAUUGGAUGCAAAACAGAAUAUUCUGUAUUAAGAUUUAUGAGACCAUGACUUCAGACACCGAUUGUUCGCAUGUUUUCAACACUAAACUCAAAAUUCUGGAGCUAUAUUCAGGCAUCGGAGGAAUGCAUUUUGCCAUCAAAAAUUUGCCGAUCGAGUCAUACGAGUUGAUCGCCAUUGAUAUCAACUCUUCAGCGAAUGCUGUCUAUAAUUACAACCAUUUGUCAGACAAUUGUCAACAAUUGGAGAGAAAUAUACUAUCGAUUAAUGAAAAGCAUUUCAAUGAAUGGGGUAUUGAUUUGUUGACAAUGAGUCCUCCGUGUCAGCCCUUCACCAGAUUAGGUCUGAAGCGAGACUUGGAUGACAACAGAACCGAUUCGUUCGCUCAUAUCAUGUCUAUAUUUCCGAAGAUUAGAAAACUCCCGAAAUAUAUAUUAUUAGAAAACGUGAAGGGAUUCGAGAUAUCAGAUACGCGACAACUGUUGGUCCAAACGCUGAGUUCUUGUGGUUACGGAUACCGGGAAUUGUUAUUAUCUCCCAAUCAGUUAAAUGUAUCCAAUUCUCGGUUACGAUAUUAUUUGAUCGCAAAA